AUGCCUGCAUCAGAGCAAUAUUUUGAGCGGCCUGGCCCAUCCGGCAAAGACUGCAUUGCGGCUGGUUUCUCCAACGCAGUGGUAAUUCCUUCAAACGCGAAAAUUGCUAUUACUGCUGGUCAAGCCGGCAUCGAUCUCAAGACGGGGAAACUGGUGGAGUCAUCGGCGGAAGCCCAGAUCGAAGCCUGUUUUGACUGCUGUGAUGUCGCGCUGCAAUCGGCCGGGGUGGUUGAUGGCUUAAAUUCGGCGUACAAGAUUGUCAGCUUUUUGCCCGAUCAGCGAUAUGAUCCGCUGAUGAUGGCGAUUUGGCGGCGGAGGUAUCCGGGGAAGAGGCCAACGUGGAUGUCAGUAGGGUCUGGGGCCUUGGGUCUUAAGGGCAUGAUCAUAGAGUUGCAAGCUGAGGCUGUCGUUACGGAGGAUUUAAUGGGACCAGGAGGAUUGAAAGGCGCGAAUCUAUGA